AUGGAUCCCAGCAGUGAUUACCAUUUCUUAAACCAGAUUUUGGGGAGAAGGGUGAAAAUCACUUUAGUCUGUGGCAUCUUCCAGGGAGUGCUUCAACAUGUGGACCCUAGCAAGAUUAUUGUUUUGAAAAAAGUCAAGAAUUUGGAGACUGGUCGAAGCGUCCCAGGAGUGAAGAUGUUUUUUGGCCAUGAGAUUGUGAAUGUGGAACUGCUGGAUGAUAUGGAGCAAGGAAUAGGAGAAAAGCCACCUUCUAUCAGGGAUUGCCUAAAUACAGAAGGAACAAGGAUGGACAAAGUGAAAGAAGCAGACCAGAGUAUAAAUGAUUCAGCUUCUUCUUCCCUUGAGUCACAUACUAUCACCUUGCUGAAUGACUUAAAAUACAGUCCAUCAGAAGAAGAAGAUGUGAUGUACACAGUAGUUAAUCAGUUUCAACAAAAGUUUGGUUCUGCUAUGCUACAUAUCAAGAAACAGAGUGUCCUGAGCAUUGCAGCUGAAGGAGUUAAUUUAUGUCGUCAUGGCAAACUCUGUUGGCUGCAGGUGGCAACAAGUAGUCGAGUUUACUUAUUUGACAUUUUUCUUCUGGGAAGUCGAGCUUUCAAUAAUGGACUUCAGAUGGUGUUAGAAGAUAGAAAGAUUUUGAAGGUCAUUCAUGAUUGCCGUUGGCUCUCUGACUGCCUUUCUCACCAGUAUGGAAUUGUUCUUUCAAAUGUUUUUGAUACUCAGGUGGCUGAUGUCCUUCAGUUUUCCAUGGAAACAGGUGGCUUUCUUCCACAUUGCAUCAGCACCUUGCAGGAGAGUUUAAUUCGACACCUUAAAAUGUCCCCUAAAUGUGUCUCCUUCCUAGAUGACAAGCAAAAGAUGGUUCAGGAGAAUCCUGAAAUAUGGUUUGUUCGACCUCUUCCACCUUCCUUACUGAAAGUGCUAGCCCUGGAGACAACAUACUUGCUGCCCCUUCGUUUGUUACUUCUGGAUGAGAUGAUGUCUGACCUGACUACCUUGGUGGAUGCAUACUUAAAUACCUAUCGGGAAGGGUCUGGAGAUCUAUUAGGAGGCACAGAGCCAUCAUGCAUGGAGCUGCCAGAGGAGUUGCGUCAGCUGAUGGACUUCCAGAGACUUCGAAGAGAACGGGCCAUGAAAGAUUAUGAGACAAAUGCAGAGGGGCUUCUAAUUAGAUCCCAGCUCAUCUAUCCCAAGGAAAAGGCAGUGGAGGAGGAAGGGAAGCCAAAGAGCUCUAGAGGUUCUCUGCCCUUUGAAGGAACCAUGCUUCCCAAAGCUUUGGAUUUAGGCUAUCUCAAACCUCAGCAGGCUCAGGAAGAUAGGUCUUUGCAAAAACAAGAAGCAAAAUAUGACACUAAACAGGUGAGGAUGAAACAUCAACAUUCAUCUUCCUCAGAGGAGCCAGAAACGGGUGACUCUGCCACUAAGGCUGGGCCCAGUUGUUUUGGCCUGAAGGGGUCAAAGGAUAUCAAAGGAACCCGGAAGGAACAAACUGAUACACCAAAACAGACUCCAUCUAGCCUGUCCUUGCAAGAGAAAAUUGAGCUGCUAUUGAUGGGGGGAAAGGAAGAUGAUUGAGAAUGUAAAAAAAACAAAAUGACUAUAUCUUU